AUGGCGGAUGACCUGGAAGGACUGUAUGGCCACAUAUCCUUAAUGGAAUCUGAGGAAGAGGUGGUGUUUGUUGAUGAAGCGGUGGUUUGUGAUACCGUCUACAGGGGUGAAAAAUGCUUGAUAAUCCAGCUGCUGACUAUGAAACAUUACAAUAAGGAAGCAUUGAAGCAGAUGCUGCGAAGGAUCUGGCGGCCGAUAAAACCGAUGCAUAUUCAGAACCUUGAUUCCAAAUUUCUCAUUGCUGAGUUUGAGGAGAUAAAGGAUAAAGAGCGAGUGAUUCGAGAUGGUCCCUGGACAUUUGACAAACAGCUGGUGCUGGUGAAAGAUUUUGAUGGGGCGCAACAAACCCAAAUGCUGCAACUAUCCGAGGCGUUGUUUUGGGUACGAAUCCACAACUUGCCACUGAUGGCCCAAAACGAGACUGUUGGAAAAUUGAUUGGGAGUGCGCUGGGAGUUGUAGAAGAUGUGGAUUUAAUCGAGGGCGAGCUUUCAUGGGGCGAGUUCAUGCGGAUUUGA